AUCCCUAACGUUAAAAUUAACCUCCAAAAAUGGCACCGGCGGUGGCGGUGGCAGCGGCGGCGGCAGUUCCCGAUCGGGCCGAGGAGGUGAAGCGAUUCAACGAAAUGAAGACCGGAGUUAAGGGCUUGGUCGACGCCGGCGUCGCCAAACUCCCGAGAAUCUUCGUCCACCCGCCGGAGAUUCUUGAGAGCAAGCCACCGGAAAAUGAGGCCGUCGCGGAGCUCCCCACCGUCGACUUCGGGGGGCGGCGGGAGGUCGUAGUCGAGACCAUCCGCCGGGCGGCGUCGGAGUGGGGAUUUUUCAGAAUCACGAACCACGGAGUGCCGGCGGAGGUGACGGACGGACUGCUGACGGCGGUCCGGAAGUUCCACGAGCAGCCGACGGAAAAAAAGGCAGCGCUAUUUUCAACCGACAGCCGGCGUAGAGUUCGGUUCAACAGCAACGGAUUUGUCCUGAAGGAGAACGACUUCGCCUGCUGGAAGGAUAUGCUCACCUGCGUCUACACCGACGACUUCCUCGACCCGGAAGAGAUUCCUCCGGUCUGCCGGCGGGAGGUCGGAGAUUACGUCCGGCAUAUGAUCCGGAUGAGGGAGACGCUGGCGGAGCUGCUGUCGGAGGGGCUGGGACUCGAGAGGCAGUAUUUGUCGAACAUGGAGUGUAUGAAGAGCGAAGCCCUGGCUUGUCUGUAUUAUCCCGUCUGCCCCGAGCCGAAGAAGACGUUAGGAACUCCGAAGCAUUCGGACACCACGUUUCUGACGCUGCUCCUUCAGGACGUCGGCGGCCUCCAGAUUCUUCACGGCGGUCGGUGGGUCGAUGUCCCACCUGUCCCUGGAACACUCAUAGCCAACGUCGGAGAUCUUAUGCAAAUUAUAAGCAACGACAAGUUUGUGAGCGUAGAGCAUAGAGUGAGAGCUCAGGCCGAAGGGGCAAGGGUGUCGGUGGCGUGCUUCUUCACGCCGAGCGUGAAAGCGGCCGGAAAGGUAUUCGCGCCGGUGAAGGAGCUGGUGUCGGAGGAGAAUCCAGCUGUGUACAGAGAGUUCUUCUUCAGGGAUUACUGUGAGUAUUACAAGACAAAGGGGCAUAAUCUCUCGGCUUUGUCUCACUACAGGAUUUGA